AUGAUAGCAACAGCAGGAUAAACUCAGGUUACAAUGCUGUCUUAUAACAAUCCCUUUAACAAGCCCAUCUUUAAAAAAGAAAACGUCAAGCAAUCAUAAAUAUCGCCUAGGCCUUUAACUAAUGUUAGAAGCCACUCAACAAUAAUCAGAUAAAGCGAGAAGGAGUAGUCAUUUGCUUUUCCUUAGGCCGCACCUUUGUUUUAGAAUUAAAAACUCAAUUAGUCUCCUCCUAAUUUAGCUUUAAUGUUGAGUGACCAGCCAAGUUAAAUAGCCACAAUGUUUAAUGAAAAUAAUUCAUAGGUCUUUGAUAAAAAAGUUGAAAAAAAAAGAAGUCUUACUCCAAAAUUGUCAUUAAUGAAAUUAUCUCAAGAAAAUGUAGAAAAAAGCAUAAAUUAUAGCAAACUUCACCUCAAAGCUAGCAACAACUCUAUUUCUAACUAUAUUCCCAGAGACAAACCCGUCCUUUUUAAUGUUAGAAAGUCAAUCGAAGAAAAAAAAAGGGCUAUGAGAGAAGAAGGAAGCCAAAUUGUUCUGAGCUACAUCUGCUAUUUAGACAAGCUCAUUCAAUAAGGCCAGAAAGUUUUUGAUUUAAAGUAAAGAAAACAAAUGAUAUAAGAAGACAAUCUAUCUCGUUAAAUGAGAGCAGAUUAAAUAUUAAAUGAAAUACAACUCUUAGAAAAUAAAGUAGAAACUCUUAAGAAUCAAGAAAAGUGGGAUUCAUUUGAGUAUGAUGUGAAAAAGUACAUGGAAGUUAUCUAGAAAGAUAUUAAGAUUAUCAGAAUGAAUAGUGAAAUAGAUAUCAAAAAGAGAUAGUUAGGCAACAUAAACAAACUUCUCGCUCAUUUGCAGGUCUAGUAUGAUAGCUAAAAAGAAAGAUUCUUGGAUUUAAUAGAGCAAAUUAAUUAAAUUGGAUCUGGUUAAGAAGUUUAAGUCAUGGAGGAAUUCAUUAAAUCAUAAUUGGUUAUUGGAGGAAAAUAGGUUUAUGACUUAAUGCUAACUGUGUUUGACUACAAGCUUAUGAAACAAAAAGUUUUCAUUAAGGAAGUUGACGAGUACUACUCUUUGAGGGUAUGCAAGUUACCAUCUCUAGUUAUUGUUUAACAAGUCUAGAAUCUUGUUAUUUAGUAAAUAGAAGCAUAUUUUAGAACUAUUGAAUAAUAAAAUUUAAUAGUUUCCUCCAUCUAAAAUACCAACAAAGCAUUUGAUCCAUCCAAUAAAACACUCUCUCAAGCCUAUAGUGCAAUGCUGACUUUUGAAACAUAUGGAAAUUAGCUAAACGAUGCCAAGAAAAACUUUCAAUGUAAAAUAGAGCAAGCUAAAUAAGAAAUAUAAAACCUAAUUAAUUAAGUAGACCCUUUCCAAAACAAAGAUUUAAUUAUUUUUUUAAAAACAUUUACAAAUCUUAACCACAUCCUAAAUAUGUUUUUCACAUCUUUUAAAAAAUUCCAUAAUGAUGAAGAAUAAGAGAAAAUUUAAAGCCUAGUAUUGACACACUUAAAAUUAAAACAACUUCAAUUCUGCAAAAUAGUAGAAACUGUUAACCUUAAUUAACCUAAAAUAUAACAAAUGGAAUCUUUGAUUUAUUAAAUCAGGACAACUAUCCUUAAGAUUCAAUGCUUCGGGACUGAAACUCAGCAAUUAGCUGAUACACUUAAAAAAACUAUUGAAGAGAAAUUGGAAUUGGAUUAGAUUAUCAACAAUAUUAAGAAGCAAGAUAUAUUUCCAAAAAGAGACAUCGUUGAUUUUAUUGCAACUAACAGAUAGCAAUUUUUAAAAAGAACACGCAGUGAUUUUUAUGGGAUUCUGAGCAGAAGCAACGCUAAUUUUAUGAAUCAAUUCGAUAGCACAAUAAACAGCCAACAGAAGAAAGACUUGAUAAUCAAAAAAGCAGAAAAAGUAAAAGAAGAAAUAAGCAGACUGGAAAAAAUCAGAAGAGAUAAUUAGCAAAUGUUAGACGAGGAGAUGAAAGCAGACACUAUUUCAAUAGAUAUUUAGGUUCGUUCAGAGACUUUGGAGAUGUUUAGAAUGGUUGAUGAGAUCUUCAAAGAUAAUCGCUAAGAAUCAGUGUUAAUCUAAAAUCUUUUAGAAAAUGAUUUUCCCUACAUACUUUAAAUAACUAACAAUGACUAAGAGAUUUAGUUUGUCCUUUCUCCUAAGAAUUUCCCUUUGUAAAAUAUAAAAAAUAUAAGAAAACAUGAGUAACUCUCUUAAAACCAAAUAUCUUACUCAAAUAUGAAUCAUCACAAUUCCACAUUUUCAACAACAAUCAGCUCAAACACUCAGGAUAUUUUGCAAAUAAAUUCUCCUAAUACUUUCAGAUUCCCUCUGAAUGACACAUCUCUAAACUUAAACAACAAUUAACUUAUCUCAAUAGUUGACAAUAAAGAGUUAAACAAUCAAAAUAACAGUAACAAUGAACAACUAAGCUCUCCUUUGUAUUUCACUCAGCACUUUUAAAAUUUGAAUGCAUAAAAUAAAUCUCAAUAAAAUUAAAUCAGUUCACUCUCAUUGUUGACGAGCAAUAAUAUAGACAUUAGUAACAACAAUAUUGAUACUACUAAUAACAACAUUAACAUUUCUAGCAACAAAAUCGAUAUUUCUAAUAAUAACCUUGACAUCGGAAGUAAUAACAAUAUUGAAGUCUCUAUUAAUAAUAAUAUUAGCGGUAAUAACAUUGAUAUCACUAGUAACAGUAAUAUCGAUAAAAGUAAUUAUAAUAUGAAUUAAUACAAUAGCAAUAAUUACAAUAAUAAAAAAAUGGUUGAUUCAUCUAACUAUCUAAAUGAUAUCUCUUAUUCUGAUAAUUAGAACAGCUGCGGUUCAUAAAAAAGUAUAGAUUAAAUAGAGUAAAAUCACAGCAAUAACAACACAAAUAAUUAUUUAAAUUAUAAUAUGCCAAUUGAGAUUGAUUGCAUGAUGCCUUAAGAAGAAUAAGAAAAGUCAAAACGCUAAUAGAAAUAUAAUAAUUUGGAUUCUUCACUGUUAAGCAAUAACAGUAGCUUUACUUAGUUCCAAAAAUCUUCUUCUCACAACUUGAAUGAAUAAAAGACUUUAUCUGAAAAUUUUUAUUAAAACUAAAAUAAAACUUAGACUAACUUUGACAACUUGAACAAAGUUGGUGAAAUGAAAACAAUUCAUUCAAAUGCAAUAAAUUAAUAAUAAAAUUAACAUUAAAUAAACACUCAAUAACUGAAUACUUUAAUUAAUGGGUUUUAAAUUAAUAAAUUAUAAGAAAAUCCUAAUAAUAAUUAAUAUGUAAAUGGUAGCAAUUUCAUUUCAACAAAUAAUCCCUUAACAAGCUAAAUGAUGGGUCUUACCACAAUAAAUUAAAGUGAAGAAUAAAAUGCAAGCUAAGUUGAUCGAUGCAAUUAUUUAAAUGACAUUACUAGAAAAAAUUCUAUUGCUAAUAGUAGAAAUUACUAUUCUAAUGAGGCAUUCAGGAGCAAUGUAUCAAAUUAUAAUUUUGAAAAUAAAUUUAGUUAAAACAAUAAUGCUUAAUUAAAUUAAAGAAACAAUUAAUUUACAUCAAAUAACUUUUAAUCUUAGAAUUACUGCUUAAAAAGCUAAUAAAAUACUAACCAAAGUGAUGAAAAUGUAAAGAAAUAAUAUAAGGCAAAAUUACUCUAAUCAAAUGCAGAAAAUAAAGAAAAUAUCCAAUUUUCUAAUCCAUUAAAUAGUAGCAACGAAUAAAAAAACUUAUCUAACAGAAGCAGUUCCUAAUACGCAAAUUCUAAGAAUAUUAAAAGACCAUUUGACAACCAAACAAUCAAUAAAAAAGACACUUUUUUGAGCAAAUAAAUUUCUCAAUAUUAAUCAAACAGAAAUAGCAAUAAUCUUAUAAAUUCUUAGAUAGAUCAUAUAUAAGUCAAUUAAGUAUAAUUUGCUAAUCUAUAAAAUUCCAUAAAUAUUGAUUAAAUUUUGAAGGAUUCCAAUAAUUAUAAUAGCAAAAUGAAUAUUUAGCAUAAUUUGUCAAGCAAUUAUUAAAAAUAAAUGAAUUUAAUAGAUAACAAUUCUAAUAAAUACUAAAGCAUCUUUAAUAACCAAAACAGCUUUAAAAUAACUUAAAUUCCAUUGCAUAUUUAGAAUUUUCAAAAUAAUAAUUCUAAUUUAGCUAAAAACAGAAAUGAUGAGCAAAUCUUUAAUAGAUAAAAUGAUAAAUUCAGUAACACAUCAAUACCUUCUAAUAGCUUGUCAUACUCUAAUUCUUACAAAAAUAGCGAAUUACCUUCAGCCAGAAUGUAAGAAAGCUAACAAUGCUCGAUAUAACUUAAUUCUAAAAAUAAUCUAUAAGAAUAAUAAACAAGCCGCGGUAAAUCAGAAAUUUCUUCAUUUAUUUCUGAUACUAACUCUAAGAGCAGCCAAAAUGAAAAUUCGAAUAAUAACUUUUCAAAAGAAAACAUCUCAAGAGAACCUUCUUACUAAGAAUAAAAUUAUCAAAGUAAUCUAAAAAGUAAUUUUAUAAGACAAUGCACUUCUUAAUUUGUUACAAACCAAAACCAAAGCGAAAAUAAUUCAAACGAAGAAAGCUCUAAUCAGCUGAAUUUAAUUAACUCUUUAGAUGUAACAUUUUAGCAAAUCGAUGAUGACGACGAAGAAGAAGAACAAAUUGAAGGAAGAAGAGGAGAAGAGCAAGUAAACUUGAAUAAAGUGAAUGACUUAAAGAACAGAGAAACCUAUUAAAUCAAUAACGAUACAAUUAAAUUUGAGAAAAUGAAUUGCUAGAACUCUAAUUAUCCAAUCUAAACAAAGAAUUUAGAUUAAUACUAAACACAUUGCUAGUAGUAAUCGCUUAUAAACGAACAUUAUGAGCAACCUCAGAUAAUGGUUAAGCAUGUUUCAAACAGUGAAAGUUGCUAUAUUAAAGACUAUAGAAUAUUAUUUAGACAGGAAACAAACAGAUAUAAAAUAUACAAUGUAGAUGUCAAUUAUUAGACUUGGUUUGAUGCAACUUAAAUAGGAUUUUUUGAGUUCUCCAUGUAAUUCGACAUGAUUAAUAAAUAACUGCUCUUCAAUUAAUAAUAAUUUUAGAUAUAAAUACCAAUAUAGAGUAUUGAAAAGCUAGUCAUUCCAUCGAAUGUAUUGCAAUUGCUUAAAAUGAACUAAAAUUAGCAAAAGAAAAAUCAAAUAUAUCUCCUUUAACUCAAUGUUGCGUAAAGAGGAUUGUGUGAAAUAUUGCUAGAUGACUACGAAGCUUGCAUUCAUCUUGUAAAAGACUUUUAAAAAAUAUUUAACUGA